AUGGAGUCUGUUUCAUCCCUUUGCAGUUUGUCUCAAGCCGAGUCAAGGAUUCUCCUGCAACAUUUCAAGUGGAGGGUUCCAGAUCUGCUGGAACAAUGGUUUCACAACGAGCAGAAAGUGCGAAAAGAUUCAGGGAUGUUUCAAUCAGACUGUUCGAUCUGCAUGGAUGAGCACUUCAUUACUGAAAUGAAAGCCCUUGCUUGUGCCCAUUAUUUCUGUAACAAUUGUUGGAUGAACUACAUUCAGACCUCAACUAGGGAAAAUGGUAUCGGGUGCCUUAGUUUGAAAUGUCCUCAGCCAACAUGUGGGGCUGCUCUAGACGAAGACACUGUCCUCUGUUUGAUUACAGAGGAAUGGAACAGAAAAAAAUAUGAGCAAUUUCUUGUUAGAACUUUUGUUGGGAAUAAUGAAAGAAUCAAAUGGUGCCCUGCUCGUGGGUGUGAGUAUGUUGUGGAAUUGAAGAGUGGAAUCAGCCAAUGCUAUGAUGUGACCUGCAAAUGA